AUGGGGACAGAGGACACGGGGACGGGACCCGCCAGCACGGCCGGGAGGGCCGCGGUCACGGUGUGCGCGCACUCCCCCCCGCCGCCGCCGCCGCCAUCCCUCCGCCCCGCGCGCGCACAGGCGGGCAACGCCCUUCCAGUCAGUCAGCCCGGCGGGAAGCGGGGGGGGGGGGGGGGGGCCGCGCGCAGCUGCCCGUCUCCCGCCCAUGGCGGUUUGGUUCAGGCCCCGCUCUCGGGCGCUUCCUCCCCGAGCGCGAACAAAGGCCGCGGGCGGGCCGAGGUUAGGGGUGUGGGGGGUGUUUCGCUUCUGCCCCGCUGCGCCCAGGCCGCAAACAAGUAUUUAUUAAAAAACCGGAGUGAACAAAAGAAAAACAGCCCCGAAAACCGACGUUAUUUAUGUGGAGAAUCUCUCCGAGAGAGAGAGCAGGGCCCGGAGGAGGAGCAGAUACCCCUUGAACACUGGGCCUCUCAUAAGCCAGGCAGGACAGAUGUUACCAAGAUGGAAUCAUUUCACACCAGCACUCACAUACUAAAACAUCAUUACUUAAUAAUGCAAAGUCUGUCUGUGCUCUGCCACCUCUUUAAAUCCAUGGAAUUUGGGUAAGGAAACUGGACCAGCCAAAUGUGUUUAUACAUGCUGAGUACUACCACAUAUACACAUAACUAAUUUCUCACCACACCUAUUCUUUUGUGAAAAUACAACUGUUGCAGUAGUUCCUGUUUCUGAUCCAGUGACUUAAUUAUAUCUUAUUCCCCAGUGAAAAAUUUGAUUGAUAUAUAGUUAUACUACUAUAUGAAGAGGGAUUAUGAAGAUUGGAAAUGGUUGUUUACAGGGUGGAGGGUUGUUUCAGGUGGGGUGGGUGGGGUUUUUUUGUUUUGUUUUAUAAAUCUCACUGGACAAAUCAGUUUUGCUGCAUUUAAAAAUCUUUCAGAAGAAUCGCACGUUAUCGUGUGCAACACAGUGUUUAAUUCUGAUAUCUUCAUAUAGUCCUGUGCUGGAAGCUACUGUAUAUGCAUUAUCUUUAUUUUUUAAAUUUCUUUUUCAUUUUUAAUCUUAAUUAUUUUGUAUGUGCAUACAGAAACUGUCCCAGAUUGUAGUAUUCAGUGGAAGAGUGUGCAAAUCACCAGAAAUCAGUGGACUUCCUUGAUGCAUGAAUUUAUCUGUUUCUGUAUAUUACAAAAAUAUUGUUUGUAAAUAAAAAUUUAGCUGAAAAUAUCUGCUAAUACUUGAGGAUCUAAUAUACGUAAUUAACAAACCAAGUCUUUAUGGUUUUUCGUUAGUCCACUUUGAGGUAGCUAGUAUAGCCAAAGCAAAUUAAAAUACCUGAAAUAGAUGAGAAGUGUAACUCACACAAUUUCACAAAAUAGUGAAACUUCUCAAACCUGAGGCUUCCGCACAUGCUAGGAUUAGGUCAGCUGAAGCAAAAAUUGAAGUUUUUCUCCUGAAGCUUGGUUUAGAUCUAAAGAAAAUCUCUCCUGUAAGCGGGUUGCUCCAUAGUUCUCAGUUGCAAAAUUUCUUGCGCCUUUUUCUCAAUCAGCUGAUAUUAACCCCUUUAUAGAAAGCAUACUGAAUUAAAUGAAUCAUUAGGCA